AUGCCCGAUACCGACGAAUUCGACAUCGACAUCUAUGGUGAUGCCAAUACUGAGCAGGAAGGCUCGUUCAAAAAGGACGAAGAAGGUGAUGUGAAGAUUGACGGUGUUGAGUCUACCAAUGGACAUAUUGAGGAGACGAACGGGUUAAAACACGAAGAGGCGCAAGAUGAUGAAUAUAUCGAUAUCAAAGUUGCCAACGACGAGGAUAGUAAAAUGAAUGAGCAGCAGAAGAUUAAGAGCACAGACGAAUCCGGAGCAGGCGCUCUUAGCAUCCCUAAGCAAGCCCCCCAACAACAAGGUGUAAAGCGCAAGGAGGGAUCUGAUGACCGGCCCAUAGAUCCACUGGCCACAACAGCUCUGCUAAUAUCAGAACUCCACUGGUGGAAUACCGAUGAUGACAUUCGUGGCUGGGUCAAUCAGGCUCAGGUCGAGGACGAAUUGAAAGACAUCACCUUCUCUGAGCACAAAGUCAACGGGAAAAGCAAAGGCCAAGCUUAUGUCGAGUUCACUUCCCAACAAGCAGCUACCGCUGCGAAGCAUAAAAUUGAUGCUUUUGGUGAGGGGCAACAGUAUUCAAAGAAGCAAACAGUGGUUUAUUCGAAUCCGAACAAUAACUUAUUCCGAACCUUGCCGAAAGAUGCCCCAAUGCGCGCUGGCAAAGACAGCCAGACCAAUCGGGCUCCAUCUGGAGGGUACAACAAUGACAGAGGUAAUCAAAAUGGCAACUUUGGUGGCAACUUCCGUGGACGAACGCCUGGUUACAAUUCUCGAGGGGGCGGCAGUAUGAAUAAUAUGAACGGCAACAACUUCAAUCGCAACUUUUCGGGUCCAGCUAUGGGUAAUAUGGGUGGUGGCGGUUUCAACUCUGCCAUGGGAGGCUUCCAAGGAAACUCCAUGGGUAAUCAAUUUGGAGGCUUUAACAACCGUGGUGGCAUGAUGGGAGGUAUGCGAGGAGGGCCUAAUGGUAUGCGAGGUGGCAGAGGUGGUAUGGGCAACGGUAUGAUGGGAGGUAUGCCUAUGGGUGGAAUGCCGAUGGGCGGUAUGCCUGGAGGCAUGGGUGCAAUGCCAAUGAACAUGGGACAGAUGGGUGGAGGAGUUUGGUCUGUGUGCGGGACCAAGGUCAAACCCGAGUGGGGAGCAACCUUUGAAUAG